AUGGUGCUUGUCAAAGGGGAGCAGCCAGAUACAGGAAAUUAUUGCGUGGAUGCUGGCGAGGACCAAUGAAAUCGAAGAACAAAAAUGUAACUGGAGAAACGGACGUGAACAAGGCGUCAAAUCAAUCUGAGCACACUUCAGCCUCUGAGAUGGACACUCUUCCUCUUCUGGGGCAAAGAUCAUUGGGAUCGCUUACCUUAAAUCACUGAUUGUCAGCUCGUUUUAAAGGGGAAAAGGAGAGCACUACAGACCGGGACACUCGUGCAAGUCCUGUCCCGAUGUUCAGACGCAAGAACCAGCGCUUUUUUGCAACUGGAAAUUACCUGUAAAACGUGUAUCAAGGAGAGCAUGCGCAAAUGGAUCAAACAUACGGAGAAGUCAACCAGCUGGGGGGUGUAUUCGUUAAUGGCCGACCUCUUCCCAACGCUAUCCGAGCAAGAAUCGUAGAGUUGGCCCAGCUCGGAAUAAGACCAUGUGAUAUCAGUCGACAACUGCGCGUCUCGCAUGGUUGUGUGAGCAAGAUCUUGGCGAGGUACAACGAAACUGGUUCGAUUUUACCAGGUGCUAUUGGAGGAAGUAAGCCCCGAGUAACAACACCCAAUGUCGUAAAAAGCAUUAGGGAAUACAAGAUAUCGGAUCCUGGAAUAUUUGCUUGGGAAAUCCGUGACAGACUUCUUGCAGAUGGAGUUUGCGACAAAUACAACGUUCCGUCAGUUAGCUCCAUUAGCCGAAUUCUGAGGAACAAGAUUGGAAAUAUGUCUCAACCGAAUCAGUAUGAAACCAGUAAGCCACAACCUCCACAGAUACCGUACAAUCAUAUGUAUCCCUACUCAUAUCCCAAUACAAUGUCGCCUACCGGGAACAAGCUGGGGAACGCACCUGGAGUGCCAGUGGGAGCAGGGCAUGUCAGCCUAUCACGGGCCUGGUCGUCGAUGCACACUGUUAGCAAUUUUUUAGGCAUCCGGGCCUUCAUGGAUCCGUCAGCUAUUGCUGGAGCUGAGGGUUACCAGCCGAAGUUAGAGGACUGGACUAGCAUGAACAGAGCCACAUUUCCAUCUGCACACGCCAUCAAUGGCAUUGAAAAGUCUCCCAUAGAGGCGGACAUGAAAUACCCACAGUCUUCGUCUAGCCUAUCCAGUUAUGUUCAAGCUUGUGCAUACUCUCCAGCCAACCAAUACGGGGUAUAUGGUGGUAAUUAUGUGACUGGACACCCGUGGCAGUCCCAAGGAGGUACGCUGUCUCAUCCCAACAACGCCACAUCCAUGCAUGCGCCAAGCCUGCACUCACCUAUGGCCUUCAAGCACUCGUCACGAGAAGCUGGAGACAGAAAACCUCCGAGUCCUCUGAGCAAGCACCAGCACGAGACGCUGAGUAGCGUCCACGGGCUCGCGCUCACUACCUCAGGCUCCUAACUGCAGCACAUACUCAUGGAAUCCCAAGCCGAGUUGCUACCAAGGAGAAGGGAAAACACGAUUUUGGGCAUGCACUUUCAUGACUUCCAGUAAGUUAAGAGGUUGUAAUAAGCCAGUUAGUCUUGUUUGGCUCCUCUCAAACUGUUUCGAAAGAUGGGACUGCAAGAUGGAAUGCCUUGAUUUAAUUUCUGCAAUAUUUGCAGGGGUCUUUGUCUUUUGACUCGCCCAACUUAAGACUUGCCCAAAAGAAAUACACAUGGUGGCACAAUACAAAUGUUUGUGGCACGUAAAGAAAUGUAUAGCCGUAGAGGGUCGAUGGAAAAUGUUACCUUAUUUGCUCCUGAGCAUGCAUGCAUUAAAGCAAAACAAAAUGUUUUCAAGCCGAGGAGCCAGAAUGUAUUGUAA